AUGGUCUGGAAAAGAAGAUUGCACACGGGGGCUCGACAAGUUAUCUAUGCCUUGAAGAAAGUCGUUAAACAAAUUCAUGGUCGUGAACGUCGUUCGGUGGGGAAUAGCACUAGUGUGGACGUCGAAGGUCAAUCUGCAACGAAUGGCAGUGGAUAUCGUGAACGUCGUUUGGUGGGGAAUAGCGCUAGCGCGGAUGUCGAAGGUCGAUCUGCAACGAAUGGUGGCGGAAAUCACUUCGAAGUCAUCGAGGGCGACUUAGGGUCCAAUCUGGAGGUCAAUGAGGCGAGCGUCAAUGCUGACGUUGGGUCUGGAAUGGAUGACAGUGACAAUCACCUUGAAGUUAGGCUCAUGGAUGAGUGGGAUAGUCGAACGAGUCGCCAGGUCGAGGUCGGUGACGAUGCUAACGGAGCGGGAUUGGCAUUGAACGGGACAGUCAGCCUGAUGUUAUCUGAGUACGGAGCUGAUGACCUCAUGGGGGUGGGCCGGCUGACGAAUCAUUCAUUCCGAUCAUCCGGUGUUGGAGUAACCGACAUGGUCAUGUCAGCAGCCGGUGGAGCUCAGCAUAUUACGGCAAGUGUGAGUAUUCAAAGUCCGUCAGCAAAUGCCAGGAACAUGCUCGGAGAAAAAUUAGUUAUGAAAGGUAGCAGGGGCACUAGAACUUACUCAAGCGCUAAGGUCUUGGAAUGGGGGGAGUGGGCGAAUAUUCAAUAUAUUCAUGGAGAGGACUAUCACAGACAGCAAGAUAUUUACUGUAACAGGAGUGAGAAAUCAGGGGAGGAGCAGCAGUGA